GCUGGUGACCGAACUGCGUAGGUAAACACAACGAACUAUAUACCUAUACCUAUAUAUUAUAUAUACUUAUGCCAGUGAGUGAUGAGUGCCGGCGACUGUGUGACAUUAUGCCGCUGCCGCUGCUGCUCCGAUAAAACGCCUUGGUAAAAAUUAUACUUUCAGUCGUUGGGUGACAGCUCGUCUCGUAGAUUGGCCUCACUCUUUCUCUCCUCUCUUCAAACACACAUAUACUGCACACAUUAAGCGAGAAAAAAAAUUUAACUUUACAUCUGUAAGUGAUGCCUAUUUUCAGAAUGGCUGCUGAACGCUUGGAUCUUGUUAUAUUUGGAGCUACAGGCUUCACAGGAAAGAACACCAUAAAGGAGGCUCAGCGCUUAGCUAAAGAUUAUCAAUUUACAUGGGGUAUCGCUGGAAGACGCAAGGAUGCUUUGGACGCAGCUUUGAAAGAGUAUGCACCAGAAUCUGAAAAUAUUCCAGUCAUAAUUGCUGAUUUGAAAAAUGAAGAGUCCUUGAAAAAAAUGGCUGAACAAGCUAGAGUUCUGGUAAAUUGUUGUGGUCCUUAUAGAUUUUAUGGAGAGCCAGUUAUUAAAGCAUGCAUAGCUGCUGGUACACAUCAUGUGGAUGUCAGUGGAGAACCUCAGUUUAUGGAAAAAAUGCAGUUAGACUACAACAAGGCAGCUAGAGAAGCAGGAGUCUAUGUUAUCAGCGCAUGUGGAUUAGACAGUAUCCCAGCUGAUAUGGGUUUAAUUUAUACUCAGAAUCAAUUUAAUGGAGAAAUCAACUCUGUUGAAACAUAUUUGAAACUAUGGGGAACUGGUCGAGGACCUGGAAUCAAUUUUGGAACAUGGGAGUCUGCAGUGUAUGGAUAUGCCCAUAUGCAUGAGCUUCGAGCUCUUCGUUCAAAAUUGUACCCAGAAAAGUUACCUGAAUUCAAACCUAAAUUAAAGUUAAAGAAAACAGUACAUUGUACACCUCUUUCAGAAGGUUACUCUGUUCCCUUCCCAGGUUCUGAUCGAGCAGUUUGUCUUAGGACUCAAAGAUAUUUGUAUGACAAUUAUAAACAAAGACCUGCCCAAGUACAGACCUACAUGACUUUCAAGACUCUUUUCCAAUUCAUCGCAACUGCCAUUGUUGGAGGUAUAUUUGCCACACUCGCAAAAACUUCAUUUGGUCGCAACUUGCUACUCAAACAUCCUAAAUUGUUUUCACUUGGACUUAUCAGCCAUGAAAAUCCACGACAAGAAACAAUAGAGAAUACCUGGUUCUCAGUGACACUUGUAGCUAAAGGAUGGUCUGAAAAAUUAGCUGACCCACUUGAUCAGCACAAAGAGCCACCAAAUAAAGAAAUGAUCACCAAAGUCAGUGGCAGAAAUCCCGGUUAUGGUGCUACUUGUACGGCACUUGUGUUAUCUGCAGUGACCAUUCUCAAAGAAUCUGAUAAAAUGCCUGACAAUGGUGGUGUAUUGCCUCCAGGAGCCGCAUUCUGCAAAACAUCCUUGAUCGAUGAGCUAAACAAGAAUGGUGUAAAAUUCGAAGUUAUAUCAUCUAUUGAUAAAGUAAAAGAGAGCGGAAAUGAUUCACAUUUAAGAUUAGACAGCCAAAAUCGAGUAACUUCUAAGAUGUGAUCACGUCCAAUCAUGAAUGAUAGAUCGUAAUUCAUUGAAAGAACGUUUGUUAUAUUUUAUUGGUAGUUGUAAAAGUUUAUAUUCAAUUGUAAAUCAAUUUAUGCUGCGGUGAUUAUUCUUCGGAAUUAACGUACACGUAACUUUGUACUUUUUUUUAAAACGAAAAAUGGUUGUAUGUUGUGAAGUAUAUAUUAUAUCUUUUGCACUUGCACGCAGUGUAACGCGCAAAGCAUAUAUUACUUAUAUUCUAUUAAUAAGGUGCAUUAAAUGUAUCUGUAAUCUUUUUUACAAUGUUUUAAUAAUAAAUGAUAUUAUAUAUUAACACGAA